UUUAGAAAAUCAGUUAUUUCGACUAUCCAAAUACUUAUGUAUAAAAGAAAAGAGAAAGAAAAUCAAUCUCCCAUGAGUGAUGAAAAACUUUCAAAGAAGAAAAAUAAUUCAAAUAUUUUGUCAAAUGAGGCUAUGAAUGAGAAUGGAACACCAAAGAAGAAUGAACGACGAUUUAUGGUCUGCCAUGAAAUAUUGGAUACAGAGGAGAAUUACCUGCGUAUCUUAAAAGUUCUAAUUGAGGUAUUUAAAAAGCCGCUUGAAAUGCGGAUAAAACAUUCCGAGAGAAAUAGCAAAGAUGUGGAGAGGGAUUUGUUAAGUCUUAAGGAAUUGAACACACUCUUCAUGAAGAUAACUCCAAUUAUUAAUGCACAUGCGUAUAUUCAGGAAGCUCUUCAAAGAAGCAUCAGCAACUGGAAUAAUAAUAAUUUAAUUGGAAAAAUUUGGGCGGAUUUUGCACUAGAUCUUGAAAGGGUUUAUAUUUUUUCUUUAUUUUCUUUAUGUAUUUAG